UGUGUGUGUUUUUUUUUAAUGGUUGAAAUAUUAUUCAAUGUCAAUUUUAAAUUUAAAUGGCUUUUAUACGCGUCCACCCAAUGAGGCCAAGUGUCACAUUUGCAAGCGCAUUUUUUGCUGCGGUAAAUGCCGCCAAAAGCAUGAAUUUGCUAAUCACGCUAUUGCUGUGAGUGAACCAUUGAAUAAUGAUGAUAUGUCCGAUCCGCAGGAUCGGGCUCCAACGCGAACUAUUUAUGUAUUUUGUCCGAUUUGUCAGAGAAAACCAUUAAUGCUGCGCGAUGAAGCGAUUUAUUCCGAACUAUUGGAGCACAUUGAGAACGAACAUUUGCCAUUGCGUUGCCGCAAAUGUUUAAAGACUUAUACGAAAAUCGAGGAUUUGCGAGAGUUUAGUAAAUGUGUCGAUAUAGAGCAAAACUGCAGCACAUCCAGUUGCAGCACAGAGGAUGCUUCUAAGGUGACGGUGACGACGGUUAAGAAGGCAGCAAGUAGCACAAUAUCCACACAAACUUCUCCGGCCAUGACGCCAAUCUCGUUGAUAAAUCUUCACUGGAAGGCCAAGAGUCGUCAGCAGCAGCACCAACCACCGACACUUCAGGAGGAGUUCAUGUGCGGCGGCGAUAGUGUGUCAUCCAUUAGAAAUCUUUCGUCAUUUAGUAGUAGUAAUUUUUCACUUAGACGUAGCAUUGGUCAAUUCACAAAUCCAUAUUCAAAUCCGCCAGAGACAGCCAAAAAGGGUAAAGUGAUCCGAUCUACUUCAACGCCGCUUCAGGUGGACUAUUCGAUGAUACCCAAGACUAAGGAAACGGUGACAUUCAAUGCAUCUAGUUUGUAUCAUGAGGAAUUGCCAAGUCCAGCGGUUCUGGAAUCAAAUACCAUGCAGCAGCAGCAUCGCGCCUGGAAAGGUGGUGUAGGGUCGACGGCUGUUGGUCGUAAUAAGAUCACAGCGGUCACACCGCUGCGACAAGUCAUGUCCAAGAGCAUUCAGAAGGCCUUUGUGGAGCACGGAGGGAUAAUGACAGCAGCCUCAUCGACGGCUCUUGUUCCACCGCCAGGCAGUCGCCUGCGUUUCGAUUUAAGUGAUAAUAAUAAUUCCGCUAGCACUAGUCCUGCAUUGGAUUUACGUCUUUCGCCAGCCAUGAGACGCACUCAAAGCGAAGCCACGUCGUCGACCACGGCGGCCCGGUCAUCCACUAUCAAUGAUCCCAGCACCGCUUCGUCGGUGAUGAGGCAACAAAUCCUAAUGUCCGCCCAGAAAUUAACCACUGAAUCAAUUAUAAUCACACGUAACUCACACGAUGGGGGCAAUGGAUGCUCCACCGUCUACAAUUCAUGCGAGAGUGUGGAAAUAAUACAGACCACAUCACAGACGGCAGAGGUUCAUCAGCAUCAGCAUCAGCAGCAUCAUCCACACCCGCCGAUAACACCCAUCACUCGUGUGCCGGGCGCCAUGAUCAAUAAGAAGUUGAUUAAAUUUGAGACUCCGCAAAAGCAUUCAAAAGAUUUGCACAGUGAUGACAUUGAUGAACCGAUUAAUAGAAGUAGCAAGGAAAUAUUUUACACUCCAAAUCCGGAUACGCCAAAUGAUAAAUCGGAUUCCUCGACCCGACGACCAAACAUAAUCCCACGGCAAUUGAGUGGCCAAUUCUCGCCGCGUAAAUUGCCUGCAUUGGAGCCACCACCAUUGGAUCGGCCACGCCGACGUCCACCGUUGCGAGAAUGUCAGGCAUUUAAAUCGUUUAGCGACAUAUCCGUGGCAGCUAUAACCCAUGGAGAGACCAACGACGAUGAUGAAGAGGUCUUUUUACCCACUAACGCAUCAACGCGUAAUGACAGGACAUCAUCCGAUCAGGGAAUCGGUCGUCUAUGGUCUCUAAUGUCAACAGUCAUGCGUUUGCCAGCGACCCGUGAGAAGGGCGAUAAAGAGAAUCAGAAUCCAAAUCCCCCGCCAGCUGCCGGUUCGCUAUUACGUCGUUGUGCCUCCAUAGCGGGCUCUUUUGUUCGUUCUCGAGCGGCGGCGGGGGAGUAUGACAAGAAAAGGGAUGAGGACGACGACGGUGGGGAUAUGCAAACAUUGAAACGAAAACGCACCCAAACCCUGGAUAGUCAUCAAUAUGGCAGUACAAGUACCAGUACCAGUCCUUUGUCCCCACUUCCUGGCACUUCUUCGAAGCGCUAUCGCAUUCAGCCCAGGCGGCCCAUUGAGCGCAUGCGUCACCCUACAUAGAAAAUUAGUUAUUUAUUUUUCUUUAUUAUCAUUUGUUUUUUCCAAUUCUUGUCUCUAAAAUGAAAUUUUUGUAAUGCUUGUAAUUUUGUAAUUUGUUAAAAUUAAAUAUAUAUUUAGUUCAUUUAAUGUA